AUGGAUGGUCGCAGUUUGACAGUGUUUGCUGCAGCAGCAGCGAUUGGGGCAAGUUUUUAUGUAUUUUUAACUCCUGAUGGAAAGAAAAAGAAGGGAGUCAAAAGAGGUAAGUGUUAGAUUGUUUGAUAGUCCUGCGUUGCCCCUCUGAGUGAUGCUUCCUCAACUUUGAUGAGAGACAACAGGCUUACAGUUUCAGUUGAAAACGCCUCUCAUCAUGAUCUCUUCAUUUUCACCUUUGCAUGCGGUUUUGUAGACUUUUUGAAAAUGAAGGCCAUUAUAUAGUAUUAUUCAUUCAAAAUAUUUCUCCGUUUUUGACUGAUUUUUAUCCCCUGGCUAAUUCUUCACAACCAGCCAGCACUGACCAAAUUUGGAAGAUGCUUAGAUUGUAAUACAUGUAUAUCAUCAUUGAUGAAAUCAAUUAUUCAGACGUCAAUGAUCAUAAAUUGCAAAUUAUCCACAAUUGUCAUCAUGCAAGACGGGUGCAGCGGUGUAGCAGUUUUGGCAUGUGCACAGAACUUAAGAAAAUACAGAAAUAUUUCACAGUCAUAUAUAAUCACCAAAUAUUUAAGAUAUAUAUUUAAUUAUUAGUUAAUUUAAUUAUACUUUAAGUGUUAUUGUAAAACUCAGAAAACCGUAAACACCAGCCUAAUCCCAAGGUGUUCUCUCUGGCCUCAUUUUCCGUGCAAAGCGUGGGAAAGGGUGGGUGAGAGAAUGUUCUCGGCAAGCCCCUCUCGCAGGUCAUGGUAAAGUCCAGUUUUGACCUAGCUGAGAUUGUUUAGGGGCUAGGCUGCACGAACACCAGAAAUAUUUCUGCAGUGUCAUUGUGUUGCAAGGAAAAUGCCAAUCAGGCAAGAGAUGAACUAAUCUGCAAGUAACAACAGUAAUCAGUUUUUGGUUUUGCAUGUCCUGAUCUUUGUUGUAAACUGUCACAAAAUAAUAGAUGUUCUAGAAAUAUUUCAUGUAUUCAUGGUUUUCUGAGUUUGACAGUGGAGGAACAAAGAAUUGUGUAUUAUUAUGUGAGCGAGUAUGGAUAUUUUUUUGGAAAAAACACAUGUAUAUUUUCUUGGUGAAUGUGUACAUGUAAAUAAUGUUCCAUUCAAUACCAAUUCACAUCUUUGCCUGCAUUUCCUAGCCAACGGCUACUGCUAGUAUGUUUUCGAAUAAAUUUGGUCAAUUUCUCCAGUAUGUUGGCAGUCUAGAUAGUCAAAUUAAUGUCCCUCUAGCUAGCACUUUAAAAAGUGUUAAAACAUAAUCAGUUCAGAUGAAAUUUGUUCAGUUUUAUUGUUGUUUUUCUUAUCAUCAGAUCACCCUCCUGGCCUGGUGAAUCUUGGUAACACUUGUUUCAUGAACUCCAUUUUACAGGUUUGUACUUGUAUUGCUAUAAUUUAUGUAAUGUUUAAAAUGCAAACAGAAAAUUUUAGUGCAAUUUUGCAAUUUAAGGCUACUCCUUUUGAAACAUUGUGCAGGGCAGCCUACAACAUUUCUAUGUUGUUGUGAAUUUAAUGGCAAGAUCUUUGCAAGAGAAGUUUUGGAUAGUUUGCCACACACUCUACAUUGUGAGUCGUUUCUCCCACAAACCAGCAAUAAUGCUUUGUGUUAUUUUUUACACAAUAUGCAAAGACCUGAUUUGCUUAAAAGAUACUUGGCUUUUUUUUUUCCAUUCUUUAGGGCCUCGCAUUCUUGCCAUCCUUUGCAGCAUGGUUACAAGAUAUUUCUGAUGAAGGAGAUGGAAAUUCUCUUACAUCUUUAGCCAUGGAACUGAAGAAAAUAAUGAAAGGUAUGUGGCUGUUUAUCAACCAUUAUUAUUUUAUCCUGCCAGAACCCCUUGAUCCUCAUUCAAUAUAAAGCUGUACAGUCAUUUGUUUCUUUCAGUGCAACCACUGUCCUGUGCAGUGACCACUGGUAUAGAUGGUCAGCCUGUUUAGUUUAUCACUUUGUGGGUUUCAGUUUUGUGGUGAAGUAAGUUCCAAGUUUACUUGAAAAGUUUUCUAGGACCAACCUUUAAAGGCUUGAGUGAGAUCUGGGCAUGAGAUUGGGACCCAACCAAGCACUGACCAGUUACUACAUUUGAGAAAGCUAUCUAAUUUGUUUUAGUUUUCUUUUUCAUGUUCCAGCUUUGAAUAAUGGUUGUAUGGAAGGUGAGGAAGUCAUUUGUCCAGAUUCUGUGCUAAAAGCCCUAAGCUCCCAUGGAUGGAUCAUACCUAGUGAACAACAGGUUAGUAAAAACAUAGUUACCAUUUCAAAAAGAGAACUUCCACUGACUGAUAGGUGCAGUGCCUCUAAAUGAGCAGUGCACAUAUACUGUUAUUUACUGUCCGUGAUUACAGUGGAUGAUGAUGAUGAGGAGGAGGAGGAUGAUGAUGGUGAUGGUGAUGGUGAUGAUUUCAGUGAUGAUAGUGAUAAUGGCUUGGUAAUAGAGAUUGAUAUGAUGGAUUUGGCAAUAAUAUUGAUGACAGUGGUGCUGGUGAUGAGACGUGAUGGUGAGGUUAUUUAUUUAUUAGUAAUAGAGGACAAUGAUGCUUAUGCUGGUGUCGAUAUUGACUGAUUGUGAUGAUUGAUGAUGUUAGUGACUACUGAUGAAUUUGUUGAUAAUGAUGGUGAUAGUUACUUGAUUAAAAUCUGAUUAUUGACAGUGCCAAUAAUAUUUUUUUGAUGAUAAUGAUUGAUAGCAGUGGUGUUGAUGAUGACAGUGAUACAGCAGAAUGUUACUGAUUAUUUAUGGUGAUCAUGACUAGAAUGUGAUGAUUUAUGUUCAUGAUGAUUUAAGACUGUUGAGGAUGUCAUUAUUGAUGAUAAAUAAAUGGUCUGGUGGUGAUUGAUAAUAUUGGUUACUGAUUGUGAUGAUAAUGAUGAUGAUGAUGAUGAUGAUGACAAUGAUGAUAAAUGACGUGACGAUGAUCAGUGAUUUUGUUACAAAUAGUCAUGGUGAGUCCUGGGACUCCUCUUGUCAAAAAUUGUGAGUCCCAGUCCAGAACCAUUGAGUCUGAGUUCAAAAAACAAUGAAUCCCUGAUGAUUAUCAAAUCAUUGAUAUUUGAGAUGAUUGUGAUGGUAAGUCAAUGUGAUAAUCAUAUUUCAUUGAUGAUAUGAUAAAGAUGAUGAUGAUGAUGAUGACUGUAAAAAAAUUCAUCAUCCCCUCCAAGUAAUACUGCUGCUGAAAAAGUUCAGUAUUACUUGAAAUUUAGAUCCUUGAAUAUUUACUGCUGAACAUUUUUAAAUCUGAACAUCGUCUCACCUAAUAUAAUUUUUUACAGGAUGCUCAUGAAUUCUUUCAUGCCCUCUCAUCUACUCUGGAUGAUGAAAUGGUAAGAAGAGUGCUUAUUGUUAUUUAAAUUAUUCUGUAACUUUGUUUCUUUGUUAAGAAAUUUUGGAAAAACUUAAAAAAGAUCCAUUUUUUGGUUCUGUUCAAGUAAUUUCUGUAAGGUUUUGGUGUUCUUACUUUGCUUAGUUUUGCUUAGUUCUGCUUUGUUUUUUGUUUCCUGCAGGGAGAACUUCCUGGUGUCAUGAAUCUCAGUGAUGUUGCAAUUGUAGAGGUACCAGUGGCUCAAUUUUUCAAAGUUAAAAAUACAAUGAGCCUUUUCACAGACAUUUUUUCUUCCUUUUUUGACAAAUUUUGUGAGUGCACAUGCACAUGCACUCACUCUGUUGAAAACUAAUGAAGAUGUUUGUAUGGUGGGCGGCAAGUUCAUGCCCCCACCAUAUAAACAUCUGUAAAAAUUGGCAUCUUUGUGGAGUGAUAUCUUCACUCGCUCUGGAUCACCUUUAACCCUUUCACUGCCAAAUGUAGCCAAAGGCAAAUUUCGACCAGAUUUCCAAAUUUCAUUUUGUAAAAUUGUGAAAAAAAAAAUAGUACCAUGUGUAAGUACAGACAGAGAGCUUUCAUUUGAAUGGUCACAUCAUAGGAUUUCGUCUUAAGACUCAAAAGUUAGAGCCACCUUACAAAAUCCAUAAAACACUCUGGCAGUUUCCUAAUUUUAAGGCACUGUUUCCAGCAGUGUUGAUGAUUUUUGCUAAGUGGUCUUGAUCAAAAGGAUCAAUUUAGGUUUCUGGGAAACUAAGCCAUCAUUUUGCCCUAAGUGAGAAGUGAGUGUUCAUUUUAGUUUAGGGGAGGGGUAGGUGGGUAGUUUCCCAGAAACCUAAGCUGAUCCAAUCAAAACAAUGAAAAAACCAUGGAAGGGUUCAUUGCCAAUAGCAAAAGCUAAUUGUGGCUGUGGGUGGUCAGUCAUUUCCUUGCAGUUUUUAACUUCAUAUUCAUGGUGGAAAAACUAUAGUGUCUGUGAACAGGCUAAAAUACAAUAAACAAAAUAAAAAGGAAGAAAAAUGACAAGAAAUGUUGAUGUUUUCUUCUUGAAGCCUGUUUGAAUGUCAAGGGAAUUAUAUUCACCUUUAUACAUCCGAAUAUCUAAUCCUUUUGCAGAAGAAUGAUGUCAAUGAAGACAAAUCAAUGGUCCACAGAAACAAAGGUACUCACUUGAUAUGGAUGGAAGUAAUUUAGAUAAACUUCUCAAAAUCUCUUCUGUGCUUUAGUACAAACGUUAAUGGCUGUUUACAUGGAGGUUGGGGGACCCCAGGCAGGUGAGGUAACCCGCUUAGGUGUGGUAACCCGCCUGUACAUAUAAUCUCUCAUUUUAAUUUGAUCAUAUUUACAUGAUAGGUGAGGUGACCAACCACAUGUUACCUCACCUAUCUGGAGUCCCCCACCCCCAUGUAAACAGGCCCUAAGUAAGUUAUAUCUUUAACUGAAAAAAUGUAAAUAUGCAUCUCAGAUGAAUACUUAUAGGUUAGUAAAAAUAAUUAAUUGUAGCCUGCGAAAACAUCCGUUUCUCCUCGCUCUUCGUCGCUGAUGACGUUUCGUGCGAAGGAACGUCUGCGACUCAGUGACGGAAAUUCCAUACUGAUGACACAAAUCAAUGUUUACAUAAUAAAUCUGGUAGUCAUGUGGUUCCAAAUAUAAAUUUGUUUAAUUUUGCGUGUCUUCUGGUCGAUUUUGGGAAAGUGUUGUAUUGAUCUGCCCACGAGCUCAAGCAAAACUCAAAUGCUUCUUCUAGAGAAGACUAUAUUGCACAAAUAUUGACUGUAUUGUUAGAGAUUCUUUGUGUUUACAUUUGACCUUUUUGGCCUUUUGUCUUUUGUCUGUCAUUUGUAAACAAUAGCUAAAACAAUGUAACUGCUCCGUCGACCAAUCAGUGCUUCUGACCGGAUCCUGGACAGAUUUUACGUCAUCAGUAUGGAAUUUCUGUCGCUGAGUCGCAGACGUUCCUCCGCGCGAAAUGUCCUCAGCGAUGAAGAGCGGGAGAAACAGAUGUUUUCGCAGGCUAAAUUAAUUGUGAAGUGAAAAUAAUUGUAACCCCUCCUAACAUUUCUGUUAAACUGUUAACGUUGAUUGCAUUCUUUUUGUAGUUCCUCUAAGAAGAGACUGUAACAAGCCUCAUUUGCCAUUCCAUGGUUUAUUAGCAAGUCAGUUGGUGUGUAAACAAUGUGGAACAAAGGUAGGUUGACACAAACAGGACUCUGUAACCCAGAGUGAACAACUUCCAUAUACUCCUUUCAAAGGCCAGAAUUGAUUAUUUUUAGAACAACUUUGGCACAAAUUUAGACUGUCUUUUAAGUACCACAAACCAGUCAGAAAAACCUACAGACCUAAAAUGUAAAAUGGUAUUUUGACUUUCUUAUGACGAUUAGUUUUCUUUUGGUAGCUUAUACUUCAAAUGCAAAGAGACCAAGUGGAGCUUCCAUUUUAGCAGGCUUAAGCGUUCUUAAAUGUAUCUAAAGGUAAAGCGUUCAAUGAAAAUGCCAUGUAAUAUGCCUUCUAUGUAAGUUACCUGCUCCAGAGUAUGGGCCCCUGACACAAACAUACCUGUAAGAGGUGAAGGAGGCAUGACUACACCCCCCCCCCCCCCCACACACCACUACACACCUCUUUCCCCCCCUCCCCCACUCACCCCCACCUACGACACACUCCUAUUCCUACCCUGUCACCAUUUUUCCACACCUCACACCCCCUCACUUCCUCCGCGUACAUGACAUACUCCUUCUAUGUAAGUCACCUCGUCCAAAGGUGGGGCCCCUGACACAAACAUACCGGAAAGAGGUGAAGGAGCACUGACUCCCCCCCCCCCCCCUUUUCAACCCCCCCAUCUUACUUUUCACAGCACAGUCAACUCUAAAGGUGGUACUCUACCUACCAUAUAUCUUCCUGGUCAGAUUUGAUCCUGGAAAUUGCUUGGCGAGAUAUAUCAGGGAGAAAGAAGAAUCUUCUCUUGUUAAAAAUUAUUGCUAAGCUUUGUGUUUGUAAAGCAAAUCAUGAAGGUGUUUUCACUUGAUGCUAGAGUAAAGCUCUUGGGAUAUAAAUUGAGGUCUAAUUUAUAGAGGUGUGAAGAUCAGCAUGUUGAAAAUUUCCUUCUUUGGUUCAGAUAAUUGAUUUGUCCAAAUACUAUUGGCUACAACUCAUGUAUGACAAUUGGCAUUGCAAGAAAAGCUGUGAGGUCUACCAGUACUAAGACAGACAGUCACUGAAUGAGUCAACACCAGCUAUUAAACAAUGUGUUCCUGAAUGAAAUACAAAUCUUUUACAUUUAGAUCCUGUGUGGUAGUAUGGCACCUCUCUCUCUCAACCAUGGAGCUUAAUUCUCCCAUCAGAAAAAAAAAACAACAUGUUACAAAAUGUUGAUUUUCAAGGAGAUACCAUGUGAUGGCUAUGGUUUUGUGUAUAGCUUGUAGUUAACUUUUUAGCUCAGGUAAUUUUGUUUUUCUAUUGUUUUUGGGUCUGGUAAUGUAUGCUAAUGAUGUUGAAACAAAAGAAAAAUAAAAAUUACCUGAGAUGAAAAAUUAACUACAAUGUGUAUUUGAAUAAACGUAAACACAAGCCCGAGUAUCUGAGAGAAAAAAAAACAAAGCCUGUUCCAAGGUCCUAGAUAGUAGAUGUGUUGUGUAAGUAAAAGGCACUUGAAAAUAGGAGUGUGUGAUCUGGGAAAAAGGGGCGUGUUCAUGCUUUCUCAAUUUUGCAGACCUGACUAUCUCAGAGCCUGAAACAGACUAAAAAAACUUGGCAUUGGGUCCAGAAUUCAAACUGGGCCACAUGGGUGGGACCAGAAGCAUGCUUCUGGUGGGACAGGGUGCUGUCAUCAAAUCUCCACCCAUGCUCACUCCCCAAAGAAGGCAGAGAGGGAUCUGCUGUAAGGGGAAUAUCUAACCUUUGUUUCUUGUAUCAUGCAGUGUCCAGUCAAGUUUGAUAGCUAUGACAGUUUAUCACUCAGUUUACCAUCAACAUUUCAGGUAUUUUCAAUUUGAUUUACUUAAUGCACUUUUUCUUGAAACUUGCCUUGACCAUCCAACUCAAAUAAAGUAUGCACUUUGCAAUUGACUUUUGAAAUAUAGCACCAAACUUGUCUUGACAGGUAAUGUUCAUUGUGGAUAAUGUGUAUGAAGGGUUUCAUUUAUCGUUUAUCUCAAGAUUGUUACAUGUACUUAGAUAUUGAUCACAACGUUUCGACCACGAACUGCAGGUCUUCAUCAGGCGAUAGUGUCGAUUUACUUAUAGUAGGACUAUUAUUUUGUACCGACUAUUUGCACCAAACGUACAUGGAAAGAGUAAACUCGCCCUCAACAAACUUUCUAGCCUGCGUAGCAGGCGUCGUAAGGGGGUAGGGGAGAGGGAGAAAGGCUACAAACUCUCCCAUAGAAAACCUCCCUCCUAGACACUGAUUGAUGGCCUUUAUCAAAUUACGCUUUUAUAGAACGAGAAAGAUACACAUUUUUUUCACGCCACACUUAAAGAACUCAUUUCCUACGAAAGAGAGUUCAGAGUGAGUUAGUUGACGGUGAGUUUGCCAGUGGGCGACUUAUAAAGAGAAAUCUGCCACAGACAACUGCUUAUGUUAGCUCUCAUUUCGUUUGUUUUGUUAUGCGCGUUCACUAAACUAAUUUUAAUUACCUCUAUUUCAGUUUCUUUUCUUUCUAUUUAAAGUUGCAUGUAGUCAUUUUUAUGUUCACAUAAAAAUUGCUUUUUAAAUAAUACUAAACAUAUCUCAUUGUCUGGGCUUUCCUCUUCAGGUUGGGUUGUCAUUAGAGGAUCUUCUUCGCACAUUUGUCUGCUCAGAGAUCGUGGACUCUGUUGAAUGUAAUGGUUGCAAGGAGCGUAACUCAGUACAGUCAAGUGGCUCUGUGAGGACCAGCUUUAUCAAACGACUUACGCUGGGAAAAGUAAGCACUUAGUUAAGAUAGUCUGUGUUCAGCCAUCCCAAAAGUUUGAGGGGAGGGUGUGGCUCUACACAGGAUAGUCAAACUUAAUUCCAAUUCACCAGUGUGCCCGAAAAUCGCAUCCUGCGAACCUACAAUCAGUGACAAAAUGAGCUGACACACUUGGCCCCUAACUGGGCUUUUUUACGUUUUACUGACUUCAAAAGGUAAUGAUAUAGAAGUACUAGUAGCUGAUUAUACUGAGCACUGUAAUAUUGCGUGCAAUAUUUGACACAAUAUGGUACUGUUUAUCCGAUGCUUAAGGUGUUGGUGGUCUCAAGUACACACUAUAAGGUGAUUUAGAAUACAUUAGGGGUAACGUGUCAGGGCACAAGGUUACAAGGUAAAGUCUCUUGAUGUGCAGAAGACAUCAUUUUAGCGACAAGCUGUACCAAAAAAUGCCAAGAAAUUGAUCAGGCGAAACUUGAUUUGUCGGUGCUUCAUGAUGGUAGUGGUAGAAAAGUACCGUAUUUAUUCGAAUAAGCGCCCAACCUCGAAUUAGCACCCACCUCAAAUAACUGCCCAAAGGCAGAAAAAGUUAACAAGCGCCCACCCCUAAAGUAAAGUACUUUAUUAUUCAUUCAAAAUAUUUCCCCAAUUCUGAUUGGCUAAAAGCACACGCAUAAUUCGCCAUAACCAGUUACUGAUGACAAAAUUUGGAAGAAUUUUGUGUUUAAUGAGGAAAUGACGUCAAAAAUGCAGCCCGCUACAGGUUACGGCACUGUUACCCAGAAGACCUGGGGUCGAGUUUGAGUUGUUUUGGUUGUGAAAAAAAAAAGGCGGACAUUUCACUCGUUUCAAGAGUAAGAACUACAGCUGGAACUGGGCGAAGUAAUAGCUAAGAACAUGGAAAAAACAGCAAGAAGACAGCUCGGAGGGUGACAUCUGCUAUUUGGAGAAUAUUUGCGGAGCUGGACAAACCUAAACGCACACUAUCGAAGAUGAACUUAAGAUCGAUGCAGGUAAGCAUGUUUUAGCUAUGUUUUUAAACUAGGAAUUCUUUUGAAUGUCGCCCUCAGUGGAUAACACCCUCCUCGAUCUGCUUAAUUCUUCAUAUCCUACUCAGCCUCAUUCAUUAAUUGCUAAAUUAGGGGACUUUCCCCAAAGAUGGAGUUUUCUAUAGAGUAUUUUACAGAAACCUUGCUUUCUUACAUCUUCGCAUUUUGUUAUUACCAUUUAUUGUUUUGUUGCACUGAUAAACAUAAUACUCUUGCUGGAAAUGGUGAAAAUUUAAUAAGCGCCCAGCCUCGAAUAAGUGCCCACUCUCACGGUCCAAAAAAUUUAAUAAGCACCCAGGGCAGUUAAUCAAAUAAAUACGGUAUUUGCUUAUUGAAUUUCCGACAAAGUCGUGAAAGUGUAUUCGACAAAUCCCAGAAACACAAGGUCAAUGCAUAGUGCUAGCUAAAUACCUCGAAAUUUCACGUCUCGUUAUAUAUCUGCCAGUCUUCUGUUUCACCUCCCAUUCGUGGGAUAGUUGUAUAUUGUUUGUGCAGUGGAAAAAAAAUGCUAAAAACAACAUGUCACUGCAACAUUUUCGUUUAUGUAGGGACACUGCAUCAUACCCCCGCACCCUAACCUCUUGUAAUGGAACAGUUACAUGCAACUGUAUUUGAAUUAUACCUUUGCUUGUUGAUACAGCUCUUUACUGGUCUGAUUUGUUUUUUCCUCAGUUGCCGCAAUGCCUGUGCAUCCACAUUCAAAGAACUUACUGGCAUACUAAUGGAAUACCUUACAAAAACAACGCAUUCAUUAAAUUUCCUGAGUUCCUUGACAUGGAACCGUUUUUAUACGAGCCUUUAGAACAGCACUCUCGUCAGAAUGGAACUGAAAGGAGAUUUUUUUCACCAACAGCUGGAAAUGGAGAUUUAAAUGGGUAUCUUGAUGAACUGGUUGGCUCGUUUGUCGCUGCAGGCAACAAGAGGUGAGCGUGAAACGUUUUUGUGGUUACUACGGCUAUUACAGAAGCUUAACCCUUGAAACCCUUAAUAAUAAUCGUUGCCCUUAUUCAUUUCAUACAGAAGAAGUGGGGAAAAGUUGAUAAAAUAUCAAGCAAAUUCAUCUUAUGUGAUCAUGUCCUUAAUUCUCAUGACCACUCUGUUUUACAAAGCAUUGAUAUUGCAAGGAGAAAUUUGAUGCUGAUCACUCUUAGGGCCUUAAAGGGUUAAAGGGGUUAUGUCACCCUACUUUCUAUCUUUUUAAAAAGCUAAAAUCGUUCUUUGCAUCAAUUGAAUUCCCAAAAAUAAUGGCCAAGUUUUGUUAUUUAAGAAGAAGCUGUCUCCUGUCGUCUGUCACAAUGGAUGGCAAGGAUAAACGUGGAUUUCAUGCUAUGCCUGCAAGAAUUAUUCCCUGGUGAAAUUUGCGUGUUACCUUCUUGUCUCUAAGGGCAUUUUGUGUAUGGGUAAAUGCACUUAGUAAUUAUUUUAGCACAGAAUUGGGAUCAAUUAGGUUUCUGGGAAACUGCCCACGUACCCCUCCCCUAAGCCAACAUUUUGCCCCAAAGGAGAAGUAAGCUUUAAUGUUGCCUUAGGGAAGGGGUAGGUGUAGUUAGUUUCCCAGAAACCUAAAUUUAUCCCAGAAUUGAGCUAAAACAGUAAUGUCCCUGUGGCUUCAGUUCCUUUAACUGUUAGAGGUAUUCCACGCAUUUAGCUUUCUGUAUAUGAUAACGGUCACAAAAUAUCGGAAUGGUUUUCUUAACACAAUUCUGAUCCCAGUCUUAUUCCCAGGCCUCCCUUCCACCCGUCCCUCUUCAUGGGACGGGUGGAGGUCGUCGAGGUUAAAUCCAAAGCAAAAGAAUCUCACUGCACAGUGAAAGAAAGACUCUUUAAACCAGUUUCAAAUGUAUUCAAUUUUGUAGUGAAACUGUAAACAGUAUAGGCGUGUUGCGUUUGUGGGUUUUGUCUGUCAGAGCUUAUACGGAGGUUAAGCAUUGUGCACUUGGUCUUGGUAGAAAUAAACCGGUGGCCACAUCCGAAAGGUGUCGAUUGUUUUUGUUCCACAUUUCUUUUUCUUUGUCAUAUAUCUUAAAGAAGUGCGCGGGUUUUAAGAGAUACAGACAUACGCCCUUUUUUGUGAAAUGUGCCUGAAAUUCAUUUGAUGACUACAAUCAUCUGCAUUUUCUUGUGUCAUAAGUAAUGUUUUAUAGCUACCGCGAACCUAAGGUUAAAUCGAAAAGGUAACUCAAAGAUUAUCCGUUUGUAAUCGAUAAUUCGGCCGUAAAUAACGUUGCCUGGAGCCGGGUGCACCCCUCUAGGGCCACACGGUAUUUUCUGGUAUGUUUUCCGAUUGUUUGAUGCCUUGUUUUAUUGAAGUGGUAGAGUAGUACUAAGGUGACUCGAAGUGGUUUAUAAGUAUGCGUGGAAAAUGGUUUCUUUUUAAGAGUAGAGAACACUAUAAAGUAAAAAAAAUAUAAAUUUAUCUUCUUUGUCUCUGGGAUUUCGAUAUAAAACACGAACUUUCGUUCAGAGCUUAAACAGUACAACCGAGAAAUAUGGUCUCACAUAGAAAUUUAUAUUUUAGCGAGGAGUUUUCAAGGGUGUUGCACUAGUAGCCGUUAGAAUGGCGGUAGCAAUUUCCAUUCUUGCUGCCUCUUUAACAAAUUGAUUUGGUUUUUCUGUCCUGAUUUGAUGAGGAAAUUUAAUGUUGAUCCAUCAAUUCUACCCAUUGCAGAUUGUUUUUCCCCCUAAUGUUUUUUUAUAUCUGUUUCAUUUUAUUUUACAGUACCAGCCGAGCAGUAUACAAGCUAAUGGCUGUUAUUGUUCAUAUGGGAACUGUCGACGAUGGACAUUACAUUACUUAUCGACGGUUUGAAACGGAGCAUGCGUCGAAAUGGCUUUACGCUUCCGAUGAACUGGUAGAGGCUGCGUCACGUGAUCAAGUCUUGUUAAGCAGUGCUUAUAUGCUUUUCUAUGAGAGAACUAGAAAAUAACCUGAUCACUUUUAGUGAUAUGUGACUUGAGAAGGUAUUGCUUGGUUAUCAGAGACGUGUGCUAUGUUUAUUGCGGAUACCGAACUUUAACGUCAUUUACUGGCCUGACUAGGCAAAUGGACGAACUGCAAUCUGCUUAGUCAAAAAACUCUGCGUGGAGCGCCGAUUACAACAGGUCGGAAUGAAUAGAAAAACUCAGAGCAGAAAAAAGUAGUAUUCCGUCUAGGUGGAAUUUGUAAAGGACUGUAGCAUAGUAAUAACCCUAAUCGUCUUGAGAAAAGGAAAGAAAACAAAUCAUCAGUGAUAGAUAGGGUGACGAACAGCAAGCAACAACUUACC